GCAUCAUUUAUUCAUUCUAGGGGACUAAUAAUGUGAUUAAAGUCUAACUACAAAUUAUUUAUGUAUGUGUAUGUGGACAGGUUAAUAGUCAGGAACAGAAUUAUUCAUUGUGGGCAAUUUACCUAUCUGCCAUGAGGUUGAUUUGGGGAAAAACAAAAACUCAUCUUUGCAGCUCUCAGGAGCUUUUACUUUCAUUACUGCACAUUUGUUAUCAGAUUGAGUUUCAGUAGCUCUUAACAGCAACGACUUCACAACCGUUUCAACAAGGCUGAUAAACUCAUUGCACACUCGCUGCCCAGCACAAGAAGUUAGAGCUCAGGAGUUGGUGGAGACUAAAAAGGUCAUCAUCAUUAUGCUGGGAAGCUCAGGAGGUACCCUGGCGUCACUGUGGGAGCCGCUGCUCCAUGGUCUUCCGGAACAAGCAGGUCUAGCGCCCCCCUAAGCUGACAGUCAUAACCCUUCAUCCAAUAAACGCGGACAGGACCGCCGCUCUGUCAGUUUCUUUCCACGCUCUUGAGCGCCCGGCGAUGCGGUGCUGAGCAGGACUGAGCAUCGUGAAGGACACACGGACGGACACAUUUGCCCGCUACGGAAGAUCAGUGUAACCAGAAAUAAAAGCUGUGGCUGGUGCAGGCUCUGGGCUGUGGGCCGCCGCUGUCCUCUCCUGGCUCCCUUGCCGUGCUGCCGGUGUAUUUGUGUUUCACUGGUCAGCCUCCGAGAUCCUGGACCCUAUGCUGCAUCCCUACAUGAAGAGCCCAUUGAUGUGGGCAACAUUAGCAUUCGGUGUAGGCGAGCACGACAAACAGGAAAACCAAUGUUUCAUCAGCUGAGCUUCUAGCUCCAACCCCACCAGGUGGUCCUCACUUCAACAUCAUGCUGUACUUCACCCUGCUCCUCCAUCUCCUGGUCCUGUUGCUCACCCCUGCAGAUGCAUCGAUGCAUGGGGAGGUGCCUGACUUUUACGAAGACAAAGCCACAGGUUACGGACCAGUGUUUGAGGAGCAGCCGGUGGAGACCAUCUACCCUGAGGAGUCGCCUGAGGCAAAAAUCACCAUGAGUUGCCGAGCCCGGGCCAGUCCACCUGCCACAUACAAGUGGAUGAAAGACGGCAUGGAGAUUGACUUGAACGCAGAAGACAGCCACUACAGCUUAGUGGGAGGCAACUUGGUCAUCAGCAACCCCGUAAAAAGCCAACACGUAGGAACGUAUUCCUGCAUGGCUACCAACACGUACGGCACAGUCAUCAGCCGAGAGGCCUCGGUCCAGUUCGGGUACCUCGAUCUUUUCUCCUCGGAGGAGAGGGAGUCUGUGUACAUCAAAGAGGGACAGGGGGCUGUGCUGCUCUGCGCCCCCCCGCCACACUAUCCAGCCGAGCUGUCAUUCCGCUGGAUCCUCAACGAAUUCCCUACCUUCAUCCCCCUGGACAAGAGGCGUUUUGUCUCCCAGAUAACGGGUAACCUCUAUAUCUCUAAAGUGGACUCCUCUGACACGGGCAACUACUCCUGCAUUGCUUCCAGCCCAUCCAUUUCCAAGAGUGUUUUCUCCAACUACAUCCCCCUCGUACCUCUGGCUGAACGUCCCAUCAGGAAAUACCCUGCCGACCUCAGAGUGAAGUUCCCUGACACCACCGCUCUGGUGGGACAGAACAUCACCCUGGAAUGCUUCGCUUUGGGGAACCCUGUCCCCGAGAUCCGUUGGAAGAAGGUAGAUGGGCAGCUGCCACCCAGUCACGAGGUGCGAAUGGCGGGGGCUCAUCUGCACCUGAACAAUGUGCAGUUUGAAGAUGGGGGCACCUAUCAGUGUGAGGCAGUCAACUCGAGAGGAAAAGACUACCACACUGCACGUGUGUCUGUCGAAGCUUUUCCUGAGUGGGUGGAGCACAUCAGCAGCACAGAGGCAAACCUCGGCAGCGAUUACGCCAUGUCGUGCCUGGCCAGUGGCAAACCCAAACCACACAUUCGCUGGCUGAAAAAUGGAGAAGAGCUUGACAGGAAGGAGAUGAGGUUCAGCAGCUUGACGUUUGACGAUUCGGGGAUGUAUCAGUGCAUAGCAGAGAAUCAUCAUGGAGUCCUGUAUGCGAAUGCAGAGCUUCGUGUGUUUGCCGGUGCUCCCACAUUUGAACACAACCCAGUGAAAAGAGUCCUGGCAGCUAAAAACGGCCGUGUGGUGAUCGAAUGCCGACCCAAAGCGGCUCCAAAGCCUUCCUUCUCCUGGAGCAAAGACACCGAGCUGAUUUCCAACUCAACCAGGGUUUUUAUCUGGGAGGAUGGGAGUCUGGAAAUCCUCAAUGUGACGCGAGCAGAUGAAGGCAGAUACACCUGCUUCGCUGAGAAUGACCGAGGCAAGGCCAACAGCACGGGCUCGCUGUUGGUUACAGACGCCACAAAGAUCACCUUGGCACCGUCCAACUCUGACGUCAAAGUGGGUGAAAACGCCCGGAUGCAGUGCGCUGCGUCACAUGAUUCCUCUCUGGACAUCACCUUCAUCUGGUCCCUGGAUGGCCGGGUCAUUGACCUACACAAGGACAGCCAACACUAUGAACGCACUCCGAAUGGAAGCUCAAACGGCGAGCUACUGAUCAAGAAUGCCCAGCUGAAGCACGCUGGACGCUACACCUGCACCGCACAGACCCCCAUUGACAAUGUGACUGUCUCCGCCCAUCUUGUUGUCAGGGGUCCCCCCGGUGCCCCAGGUGGGUUACGAGUAUUGAACAAAACUGACAAGAGUGUAACGUUGCAGUGGAGCCGUGGAGCAGACAACCACAGCCCCAUCUCCAAAUAUACCAUCCAGUACAGGGACUCCUUCUCAAAGGAUGUCUGGAAGACUGCCACAACUACUCCUACAGAUGUGGAGGGGAAUGAAGAAAUGGCCACAGUGAUGGAUUUGUUCCCCUGGACAGAAUAUGAGUUCAAAGUGAUUGCCACCAACACUCUGGGGACAGGAGAGCCGAGCAGCCCGUCGCCUAAGGUCAAAACCCUGGAAGCAAUUCCUGUGGUGGCACCCUCGGACAUCGGCGGGGGCGGAGGGACCAGCAAAGAACUGACCAUCACGUGGACGCCUGUGCAGCCACAGUACUACUACGGGCCUGACUUUGGCUACAUUGUGGCCUUUAAACCACAAGACGGCGUGGAGUGGAAGAAGGUGACGGUGGCUGACCCUCAGGCUAAGCGCUACGUCCACAAAGACUCUGCCCUCCCUCCAUCAAAAGAGUUUCAAGUCAAAGUCAAAGCGUUCAACAGCAAAGGAGAGGGACCCUUCAGCCUAACAGCCAUCAUUUAUUCUGCCCAGGAUGCUCCAUCUGAAGCUCCUCAAAGGGUUGACGGCAAAGCUCUCUCUGCCACAGAAGCCGUCGUGUGGUGGCUGCCCCUCUCAAAGGGCAACGUAGAUGGAUACCAGGUCAAGUACUGGAGGAGUCAUGAAGACAGUGAGGGUGGGGCCCAGAGGGUGGUGGUCCCCAGCAGGGAGAACCACACCAGGCUGGAGGGUAUGAAGGCCAACUCGCAGUACCUUGUUGAGAUUCGGGGCUACAAUUCUGCAGGAUAUGGGCCACCCAGCGAACACCUCCAGAUCUACACCAAGAGAGCCCCACCAAGUAAAGCCCCCAGGAUAAUUGGUAAAAAGCUCAAGGGCCAUUUAAUAAAUGUUGCCUGGGACAUUGUGGAACCACUGCCAAAUGAGGCACCGAUAGACGGUUACAAAGUGCUGUACCGGAAGCUGGGCCAAUCCACAGGCACUCUAUACACGACCAGCAGACAGAACAUAGACCUUCCCUUACACUCGGAUGGGAGUUAUAUGGUGGAGGUCCGGGCUCACACGGAGGGGGGAGACGGGGCUGUCGCAGAAAUCAAAAUCACAGGUGGAGGUGUCAUGGCCGCCCAGUCUCUCAGUGCACUCUCCCUGCUCCUGGUGGCGCUCCUCUGCCUCUGCUUCUGAAUGUAGCCCCCGUCUUUGUCUUCACUUCCCGUGAAGGAGACUCUUUAUGGUUGGCGCCUAUAAGGACUUUGGGAAUCUUUCCACAAACGUCUGGUUUCACCGUAUAACCCGGGACGUCAUAUUCCAACUCUUCCCCUCUGGAAUAUGUUUGUGGAAAUAGACACAGAAAUGGCAAAAAUUGGAAAUGGACAAAGACAUCCCUUAUUUAUCCACAAAAAGCCUCUUUGGAGGGGUGUCAGAGGAGUUCUGUCAACUUUUUAAACAUGCCUUAUAUAAAUGACUGCACUUAUCUUUCACAGUAACUGAAAGUGUGAUCAUUACACUUAGCACAAGCUGUCUUUUUACAUUGUGAAGUCGACCUUUCUUAUGUAGAUGAAGACGGUGUUUGUUCAGAAAUGUAGGCUUCAUUUGAUCCGUGAUAUUUUGGAAAAUAGAUCCUGCAGCGCAUUCCAUAGUAUAAGGCAAACAAGUAGCUGUGAAGGAUAAGUGUAUGAUUUUAUCAAAAUGUCUUUAUGUCUUUAUUUACUCGCAGUUCAGUGGCAUUUUCUUCUAGUUUCCUUUUAAAACGAAGCACAUAAUUUGUUACAGAGAUACAGUCAAAGCAAAUCUCACACUCUCAUACCUGAGUUAAUUAACCUCGUAUAGGAAAUGCAGAAAUCCAGUUAUUGAUGUUUUUCUAUCUAAUACACUAUGGAUGUUAUUUGAAGGGGAAAAAAAUAGAUUUUUGACCUACAAUGAUUGCUUAUUUCCAAAUAAUAACAUGAGCUCUAUCAAUAGAAUACCACUCUCAAAACUGUGUGCAUGUUGACUUUGUUACAUGGAGGAAAAAGUUUGAAAUGGCUCAAAAUUGUUUGGGUGUUUAGGCACGUUGAUCCUUAUUCGCAGAGCUGAAUGUAAAGCAAACCACAGGAACUGAACAACAUAUCAGACGUGCAGUUUCAGAUGCAAAACUACAGCAAACAAUGUGUGACGGUGGCUAUUUUGACUGCCUGCCACCUCUGGUUGCAACUGUACAACGUUGCAGUGAUUGAGCCUGCUCCGUGUCUGUGAACCGUACCUGAGCUAACAACAGAAUCACGUCUUUGUUCUGACUGUAUCAUCAGGACCUCAGUGGUGUCCCGCUGGUGCUUUGUAAAGAAUGUUGGCAUUUUUUUUUUUUUUUCGGUGUAAACAUUUUCAUUUCAUCUCUCUGAGUUAUGGCUUUGUGUGAGAGUCACUAUUGCAAGUCAGCGGCUGCAAGUGAACGGUAGCGACGCUCAUGCCCUCCGAUAACUGUGCAAUGUCUGAUUCAUCUGUGGCUACUUUAUAUUUUCUAACAAGACAACUUGCCUAGCUCCUGUAACAGUAAUGUUUUUCAUCAUCUGGUACGAACACAAGAUUAAGCAAAGCCAUCCAUGUCAACGGUAAGAGCUCAUGUAAAGCUCAUGACGUUGUUUCUUCUGCAUUAUUUUUGUCUUUUUAUUUUUAUUAACAUGUGAUCAGAGAUAUAUAAACAUUAUCAACUGUUGCCGUUUUGGUUUAUUACUACUAUAUUUGUAUGUCAUGACCCACCUCUAGCUGGGGCAGUUUACAAGUUUAUUUCCCUCAGAUUGGGGGGGGACAAAUGCUGUGUUUUGAAUUCCUCCCAUUCGUUUCUUGUAUGACUGAUGCUGGCCAUUCUUCUACAUUGUGUCUAUAUCAACAUCCACCACAAAGUGCUUUUCCCAGUUUCCCUUCAUGCGACAAAUCAUAAGAACAAAAACAAAAAAAAAAAAAAAAAAAAAAAAGAGUUGCCAAAUGCAUGAAUGCCUUGAAACUUUUGACAUUUUGGACGAAGCAACCGGCUCUACAUUCAAACAUGCAUGACUUUGGGGACAAAGUGGCUCAUUACUUUGCAACAAGUCAACAUCAUAGCAACUUCUCAACCUCUCGGCUUUCAUAUGAAAUACAUUCCACUCCUGAGUGACAUCCCUUUAUGUCAGAGACUGUGUAGAUGUAAGCCCAAUAAUGUGCAUUAGCUGCUAAGCUUCAUUAAGCCAUUCAUGUCACGGACAGAAGAGAUUUAGGCAGAAAAUCUUAAACUGACUAAAGGAAUCUCACUCUUAAAGUUCGGAAACGGUCCUGCAGUCUCGAGCACACACACACAACGGAUGGGAUUUGACAGCAUCGCUGGUGGCAGUGACGGCAUGUUUGCUGAAGUUCAGCACUUUGCUGGAUUUGAACGGCUCUUAUGGGGGAUGAAACUGGAAUCUCUCAUUGGCUGGACAUGGAACAAUAAAAGUGUAGUUAACUAUUAA